CUGGAUUCAAACAUUGAUUCUGGUUGUCUUUCAUUGAAGAAUCCGUUGAAUGACGCUCCCUUGGAAUUUUUUCAAGCUCCAACAACAAAACACGAAAACUUUUAUAUGGCAAAUGCCUCGGUGGUCGAUAGCCCUUGUCCCCUGCUGGGGCGAACAGAUCCGAUGAAUCGUCGAGUGCUCCUGAAAACCACCCCCGGGGUGAUUCAUGGUUCAAGUGAAAGUGUGUGCUCACCGCAUGGUUCGUUUCAAUUGCUCCACAAGCCCAAUCCGAUGUGUUUGUUGGAAAAGACUCCGGACGGUCGACUAGUCCUGUCAGAUCGUUCUAUUUCGCCCAUGUAUACACCAGUUUUGAGACGAGGUUCUUUGGGAGAUUCACCCGAACUGGUCUCGUUUUUCAGCCGGCAAAGAAACUAUACACCACAGAAUCGUUAUAAGGAUAGUCACGGGGAAGCGGUGCAUAUGGGACCAGAUACAAAGAUGUUGUUUUCGAACGCUUCCUCUCAUUACAGUACCGCAUCAAACAUGCGAGAGAAUUCACUCAGUCCGUAUCAUAACAGUCCUUUGUUUAUUUAUAACAAGUGUUAUCCGAACGAAUCAACCGGUUCUACUCAAUGUUUCUCCCCAAUUCGGCCGUGUUUACCCAUGAUGACCAGCGGUUUACCCCGUGGUAAACCUUCCAGUCCGCAGAUGAAGAAACCAUUGGUGGUUAGCGUUCGUGAACUGUCCAGUUUUGGAACAGAUCAGCCAAUCUACCUGUCUCGAUUUCAAAAUCGAGCGAUUCCCGCGGAUGUGGCUCAGUCUGACCGUUGCUCAGCUUCACCGUAUCUGGUUCAACGUUCUGCGCAUCCCUCAGGCAAUCCGCCAAUCAGACCAAACACGCGGCCGGUUUGUGCAAGUCAGCUGAUGCAAAGACGGGACUUGUCAAUGAAAGGAGAGAUGAAUAAAUUCUCCUACGAUACCGGAUCGCUAAAAAUGCCUUAUCCGGUACAGUCUGCGUCCGAUGCAAAGAAUCCUACUGGGGAGAACAAUCACCUGUGUCCGCUGAGUAACUAUCAUGAUGGCCAGUGCGUUCGAACAAACAACCUGACGGUGACGGACAGCGCGUCACUCACGUCCAGUGAGCUGUGUGCAUCUCAGGAGCUCACACAAACCAACGUGCUACAAAGACGGCCCAAAAUGACUACAAACAAUCUGAUGGGUAGUCGUCCUGUUGGCAUAAUAAACGAUGUAUUGUUAGGAAAGGUAAGUGAAUGA